AUGACGGGGAAGCCCGGGGCGCGGGAGGCUGGUGGCAAGCCCGUGGGGGAGAGGCUGUCUUCGAGGGUUUUCAGCUCUCGCGACUCUGCGCGUAAAGAAGAUCAGGAAAGCUGUUCUUGCGGGGCCACUACGACUGCCGAGAGCCCCGCAGACGCCCCUGGGGAGUUUGCUGCUGCUGCUGCUGCUGCUGCUGCUGGCACCUGCGCAGCCCUCGCAGCUGAUCGCUGGGCCGAAGCUCUCAGCAUUGCCAUUCCCUCGGGGGUCUGCGACCCCGCGCAGCCAGAAGGCCCCAGCGGGAAGGAUCCAGCGAAGUCUUGCUGCUGCAGCGCAGCUGCAGCUUCUGCUCCAAACUGCAGCAGCCAGAGCUCGCUGGAGGCCGCCAAGCCGCUGGAGUCUCAGCCGAGCGAGCCAGGCCCCAAGAGCAUGGCCCAGAGAGCGGAAGCAAGCGCUGCAGCAGCAGCUGAAAAUGGCUGCAGCACAGACUUAGCUGUUGCAUGCUCAUGCGAGGAGGCUUCCCAGGCAGCUGAUGACCAGGGCUGUCGAGGAGCUGCAAGCGAAGGCAGAAGAGGCAGCACCCGAAGCGGCAACAGCCAGCAGUCGGAGGAGGAGCCCGCUGAGCCUCCAUUUGCUGCUGCUGCUGCUCCGGAAGCUGCAGAGACAGAGGCCGCAGCAGACCCCGAGGCCCAAGGGGCCCCCGAGGAGCCGCGGGCCAGCCAAACUUCGGGGGGAGGGGCCCCCACCCCAGCCUGCGCUGCGCAUGCAGCCCCAGAGGAGCCCGAGGCCCCUGGGGGCGUGGAGGCGGCUGAAGGCGCUGCUGCUGCACACGCAGCCACCCCCAGGACUCGAGACAAGCGGCGAAUAAAGAGGCCCGCGCGCUAUGAAGAGUGGGUGGCAGAAGUUUCGCAUGCAGGAGAAGAAGACCCGAGUUCUCUUGGCAAUGGUUCCCCGAAGCAGCUGCAGUCAAGGAAGGGGCGCAAGCCGUCAGUUCGAGCAGCAAACGAAACGCCCAAGCCCUCGAAAAGGAAAGACAGAACUCUCGAAGGAGCAGCAGCACUCGAUCCCGAUCCCUGUGGGGCCCGCGCAGCAGCAACAGCUGCUGCUGCCAGCGUGGGCUCCCGCAAGAGAAGACUCCUCAGUUGGCUGGACAUGGGGGCUGUGCAGGCGGCCGUGGGCUUCGGGGUUUCCCAGCCCUCGCGCAGCAGCGACCGCGCAGUGGCCACGGGUCUGGCUGCUGCUGCUGCUGCAGCUUCUGCCCUUGCUGCUCCCCUCACGGCCCGCGCUGCAGCAGCAGCAGACAGAGCUGCAGACGAAGAAGCCCCUCCCUUAGACGGCAUCCAGGCGGUCUUCAGCAAGGCCAUGGAAAUCCUUAAGGGGCCGCCUGCUGAGGAGCAGCAGCAGCAGCAGCAGCAGCGGCCGCCUGGGGCCAACUUGGCUCUCGAAAAACGCGAGCAGCAGCCUGUAGAAGAAGACAGAGCAAAUGAGCCUCGCGGGAGAGCCCAAGGGGGUGCGGCCAGCCCCAGCGCAUGCAGCGGGAGGCAGACUCCGCCAGCAGCAGCAGCAGCAGCAGCAGCAGCACGCAGUGCUGCUGCUCGGGAUGGGCCCGGGCAGGGGCCACAGAGCGCUUCAGCCCCGUGGGCGGCGCUGACUACAGAGUUCGAGGAAGCUGCGGAGCAGACAGCGAAGGAAGCAGCAGCAAAAGCUGCGGCUGCUGCAGCAGCAGCAGGAAGGGGCCCCACCACGGAGCCGCGGCUCACAGAGCCAGAUAUUGUGCGCAGGUUCUUGCUGCAGCACGGCAGAAAGCCCCCGCAGCCAGCCAUGCGGGCACCCCCACAAAGGGCAGAUCAGCAGCUGCAAAUGAUUCAAGAGCAGCUGCUGGAGCAGCACCGCCAGCAGUGCGCUCGAGGAACUAUAAGAAGCCAGAGCCGCGCCCGCGCAGCAAAUUUGCAGCGGCAGGUGCAUUCGUUGCAGGGGCUGUCCGACGACAGUUUGCUGCGGCAGCUCCACCUGGCUCGGGAGCAGCUGCAAAGGCGGCAGCAGAACGAGCUGCAGCAGCUUCAGGAAGACAUUGAAAGGCACCUGCUGGCCUCGGCUAUCAAGGAGGAGCAGCAAAGAGCAGACAGUGGACGCGAGCCUGCAGCAGCAAACCUGCAACAGCUGCAACAGCACCUACAGCAGCAACUGCAGCAGCAGCUGCGGACCACAAGUGCGCCGCAGCAGCAGCAACGCGUACAUGGCCACCAGGACGUGCUCUUUGAGCAGCUACGGCAACUCGCGCUGCUCGAAAACAUUGAAGCACUUUUGACUCCGCACAGAUCCUCUUCCGAAGGCCGCAACAGAGCGGACAAAGCUGAGGAAGUCUUGCCUCCGCCCUUGUCAGCAACUCAGACCAAAAGUGAAAACGACCAAGCUGGAAGAUAG